AUGAAUAUGCAUGUUCCUAUGAACCCCGUAGGAGCUCAGCCCAAUGUAGCAAUGCAAAUGCCGGUGUCGGGACCCAUCAUGCAACAACCUUCACCACAACAAAUGCAACCAGCUAUGCCACAACAAACACAACAAGAUAAACUGGAUAAUAUAUCGAAGGUUAAAACUUUGAUGGGUUCACUGCGUGAAUCUCUUCCUAUGACAUUAAAAUCAGCUGCACAAAUUCUACACCAAAACCAUAAUAUAGAUUCUAACUCCCAAAAAGGCAUUGACAACCCUGUUCCGAGGUUCGAUAAGAACUUAGAGGAGUUUUUCUCACUGUGUGACCAAAUGGAGUUGCAUUUGCGCACUGCGAUUACGUGCAUUCAACAAGCCCAAUCAGCGGCCCACUACCUGCCUCUGACGGUUAACACGGCGCGACUCGAUUCAGGCCCUACUACCCAGGACACGCAGCUGACGUACCCGCAGUACCUGAACACCGUACGAUUACAAAUCUCGUAUGCGAAAGACAUCCACGACACCUUGGUAGCGGCCGCGCAAAACAUAUCGCCGACCGAA